AACACUUAUCACCAACCUAUAGCAGGCAUGUGGGGGCUGUGACAUUUCAAUAAACCUUUUCAAUGACCAAGUGAACAUCCUCAAGCCUAAAGGAACAAGAAACGUGCUGGCAAAUCUCCAGAGGUACAGAAUAGAGCACAUUUAGUGUUAAGUACAGUAAUUGCCCAUAUUAAACUUCCAUUGGACGGUUGACAGGAUGCCUGGAGGAGACGUUGUCUACACAGUGCUGGCGGUGCUGAUCGCUGUUGCCUGCUGUCUGGGAAAUGUCCUGGUGAUCUGGGCAGUGUGGUCGAGCAGCAACCUCCGGCAGCCCACCUUCUGUUUUUUGGUCUCUCUGGCUGCAGCUGACUUCCUUGUAGGUUCUGUGGCUGUGCCGCUAGCUGUGCUGGUGGAUGGACGGGUGUGCACCUCGUUCAAUGUAUGUCUCUUCAUAAGCUGUGUGGUCAUCAUGUUGACAAUGUCUUCGGUCAUGUCUCUGCUAGCCAUCUCUGUGGACAGAUUCCUACGCGUCUUCAUCCCUCUCAGGUACAAGAGGACAGUAACAGAGAGGAGAUCUUGGGUGGUGGUGGCAAUAUGUUGGUUUGUUGCCUUCAUGUUGAGCUUCCCACCCAUGCUUGGGUGGUACAACCAUGACACCUUGUCUCACUCAGGGAACUCAACCACCAUCAUCUGCCGUUUCCUGACUGUGAUUCCCAUGUCAUACCUGGUUUACUUUGCAUUCCUCCUCUGCACCCUCACUCCGUUGCUUGUCAUGGCUGUCCUAUACUGCUACAUCUUCUGUAGCAUCCAGAAGAAAAUGAGAGAGAAGGUGGGGAGCGGUGCCCAGUCCCACACCUACUUCAGGAAGGAGAGGAGCCUGGCCCGAUCCCUGACUCUGGUCCUGGUGCUCUUCGCCUUUUGCUGGCUCCCUCUGGACAUCAUGAACUGUGUUGCCUACUUUGGUAACCCAUCAGACAUACCCCAACAGGCCUUCUACGUGGGCAUCCUCCUCUCCCAUGGCAAUUCAGCUGUCAACCCGAUCGUUUAUGCCUUCAGGAUCCACAAGAUCCAGGAAGCGUACCUGAGGAUAUGGAGGAAGGUCUUUGUGUGUCGAGGUGACAGGCAGGGCUCUUAGAGCAACCACACCACUGAAAAAAAUAUUAGCAGCAACCCUGACAGUGCGACCAGAAAUACUGAUGCAGAUGCUAUCAGUGUUGUGAAAAUCGGCACAGUUGAAGGUGCAGAAUGUUAAUGGUGUAGGAAGACAACAAAAAUGAUUGUCGUUUAGCUUUUUAUCUUUGGCAAAGUGCAUCAAGACCUAAGAACCUGAAAAAAACUGAGGGUUAAUAAAUACACAGAGAAGGUUGCAAAGAUGUGAAGUAAGAGGGACAUUUUUCGGGUUCAUUUUACUCAUCGAUUUCCUGUUUAAAGACUCUCCUUUCUUGAAUGUACUGAAUUUUAAAUGUUUUUUUUCUGUAUGAUCAAGUGGCCAGAAAUGGAAAUAACAUGAUUUAUAUGGAAGUUUCCAAUUAAUAUGUAGAUGUCUAAUCUGAAAAUGUAAAUGUGGAUUGGGCAUAUGAAACAAGGAAAUAAAAAUUGCAAUCUCAUUCAA